AUGCAGAGCGGCAACGACAACCGCCAAGGGUCCACCAACCCUUUUACCACUGUCGCCCAGCGAAGAAGGGGCGACCCGAACGAGGGCAGCGAGGCUUCCUUGACCCGCCGCCGGGCCACCACCCGCGAGGUUCGCCUUCCGCGGACCCAUCCCUCCCUUCCUCCUCGCCCCGGGCCCCCGCCCACAGGGCCUCUUCCGCCUCUCCCUGCCCACGCAGGGCUAACCGAGACUUCGCUGCUGUUCCCGGAGCAGCGCCGGUUCAUCUUCCGCUGGCUGGACCAGAUCGCCCUCCCAGAGGAUUGCGGACCGGCCAAUCCGGAAGAUUGUGCCGAGAGGGAAGCCCCAGAGCCGGAGAAGGAGGUGGCCCGGGCGCCUCAACGAUCUGAGGCAGGUGCACUCGAGAGCGGGCUUCGCGGCCUUCGGAUUCGGAGCCACCGGCUCGCCGCCCAGCAGCGGGAACCGACCGAGCUGUCAUUCUCGCUGGUCUUUGGCGAACCCGCCCAAUCCUCUCCGCCACGCGCCCUGAGCCCCAGUCGCGCGUCCUCCGACACGCUACCGGUCGAACCAGCUUGCCGGGAACAAAAGGACCGAGCCUCGCCCAUCGCCAUGGCCAGUACCAACCUGCAGGUCCGAAAUGCGGACUUUCCUACCAGCAAACACAAGGCGAUUGAAGAUGCGAAAAAAAUGCAGGCAAUUGUGGAGGAGGAUUGCAACAGGGCGGGGAAGGAUGUUCCGCCCUACCAACUCCAAGAGUUAAUCGGCAAGGGGAAUUACGGUCGAGUCUACAAGGCCACCGACGUCAACACGAAAGCGCUCGUCGCCGUCAAAAUCAUCAACAUCGAAGAAGGCGACACCCUGAACCCGAAACUCGCUGACACCUACAGCGAGUUCAUGCACGAAUUCUCGACGCUCAAGAAGCUCAGCGAGAGUGGCGCAAGGAAUAUCAACCUCAAUCUUGACGCUUUGCCGGUCGGUCAGGCCAUGUGGAUGGUCACCGAGUACUGCGCCGGAGGAAGUGUCGCGACCCUCAUGAAGCCCACAGCGCCCGGGGGAUUGCAGGACAAAUGGAUCAUCCCCAUCGUGCGAGAGGUGGCAGAAGCCAUCUACUGGGUCCACAAAGAAGGCAUCAUCCACCGAGACAUCAAGUGCGCCAACGUCUUGGUCACCGAGGCGGGCAGCGUUCAGCUCUGCGAUUUUGGCGUGGCCGGGAUCGUCGAAUCUAAAGUCGAUAAACGGACCACCUUCAUCGGGACCCUGAACUGGAUGGCUCCAGAGCUCUUUGACCCUGUUCCCUCCUACAGCACGCCAGUCGAUAUCUGGGCCUUUGGCUCGUUGGUGUACGAAUUGGCCUCGGGUCUCCCUCCCAACGUCAUGGCGGGCUUCAACGUUCAUCAGCUGGGACAAUACAUCAAACAUCACGCUCCACGUUUGGAGGGCGAUUACUCCGAUCAGAUCAAGGACCUGGUGGCUUUCUGCCUUGUUGAAGACCCGGCCAAGCGGCCAAGCAUCCAGGAAAUCCAGCGGCACCCUUUCAUCUUUGGCACCAGCGAACAGUAUCCGACCGCCUCGCUCGCCAACCUCGUCAAGGCGUACAAGCUAUGGGAGGGCCAGGGCGGUGUCAGAAAGUCGUUGUUCGCUCCAGUCGGUGUGAUGGGACCGUCGGAUUAUGAAUCCUCGACCUUGCCUAGCGACGAGUGGAACUUCAGCACCACCGUCGACUUUGACCGCCAGCUUAUGGACACGGAUGCCCGGGCGGUUUUUGACGUGUACGGUUCCAACGUCGACUUUGAGCUCAGCGAACAAACUUCUCGUCCCCCGAAACCCAAGCAGCGCCGCCGGCUUCCACCGCAACUCCAACCCAAAACGGUGCCCCUUGAGAAGGUGUUCGACCCCAACACCAUCUCCAAUUACGAGGACAAUUCGCGCGCAUACUACGGCAGAGCACCCCCCCCUCCUAUGACCACCACGUCGGAUCUACCCCUGCGAGAUGACUCGCUUCACUCGACGCUCCGGGAGUCGCUCAUUGACCUUGAUGCCUCCCUUCACGAUGGUGGUGACUUAUCCCAAUUUGUCGACAUGGCAACUAUUCGGGCCGGCAUGCGCGUCCCAAGCGACUCCGAGAACGAAGACGUCACGGACUUUAAUAAGGCACCUCUGAGCGAUCCCGCCGACUUGAACCCCAACCGCCGCACCCAAGAAUGGAAGUUCCCAACCAUGGCUCCCCCAGCAUCCGCCAACCCGGAAAUGUCCCGUUUCCCGUUCCACGAGCAGCGGACCGACUCGAACCCCCGUCCUCUGAUUUUUCACCCCACAGAAGACCCGAACGGUUUCCAACCUGAACCAUAUGAUCCCGCGCCGCCUCAACCUCUUCCGGACAACCGUGCCUCAGUAGGCAGCCUUAUUGAUCUCGACGAGGGUCUAGUGAUGCCCGAGCCGCCCCGGCCAUCGACCGCCAACUCGGAUGUCGCUUCGGUGGCAGGCUCAGAUAUCGGUGGCGCGAACCCUUUCGAUCUCGAGCGCCACGCCUCCCUUUACCAACCGACCCAACUAGGAAUCCGCGAGCCCUCCAUCUUCAUUUCGGACGACAGCGAUUUUGCCCGUUUGGCGAGGGCCAGUACUGAUGACACACAAUCAAUGCCUCCUGACUUAUUUCCUGGCAGCGUCCGCAGCGGGUCACAGUCGGUAUCCCACUCGCGCUCAACUAGCUACGACGACGACAGCUACUCGACGAGCGGGUACGAGUCGGAGUACCUCACCAUGGGCACGUCGACGCCCAUGAGCGUAUCGGACAGACCCAGCCGGGCGCGGACCAGGGCGCGGUCACAGUCGGGCGCGAGCAUCAACAGCACGCAGCUGCAGCACCCGAGGGUUGCCGCGAUGAACGGCUCGGGGGCGGAUCACGCGGAUUUGAACGGGGGCGUGCCGGCGCCGCCGUCGGCGAGGGUCAUGCAGGGCGCCGCAGGUCGCGAGCAGGUGCGAGACGAGGUGAUGCGGUUGCUCGCGAGCUUCUCGGAGCAGUUGACUGCAACGAAUGCGAGUCUUCUUCCGUUUCGAUUCAGUCGCACCCGAUUCGGGCAGAUCACAGCCGCAGCACUUACACACCCCCGGUCUAUCCACAGCCCGGCCAUGGAAACCCGGAUUCUCAAAGUGCCGCUCGCCGGCAAAGACGACUCGGCCCUCGGCCGGUGGGCGUCCUCCAGCCCAGACGGCACACCAGACCUCACCACAUGGGAGGUGACAGCCACCGACGACGCCGUGCUGGACCCUCUCCAAGAAGCAGCCCACCUCCUGCGCACCACCGACGUCCCCGUUGCCUUCCCCACCGAAACCGUUUACGGCCUCGGCGCCGACGCCACCCGUUCCGCCGCGGUCCGCGGCAUCUACUCGGCCAAGGGGCCGGCCCUCCGGACAACCCCCUGA